AUGUCGGCGCCGGCGUGGCUGAGCUUGCGGCGUGAUAUCUUCACCUUAAUUGUGCUAGCAUGGUUCGUGGCGGACGCUUUGCCGCGGAAGGUCGCCCCUGCUUACAUGUUGGAGCUGGGCGCUCUGCCAGACGUGGAGGAGAUGUUGCCGGAAGAGGAGCCGCCUAACCUCUGGGACUACUCGGAGCCGCUGGUUAAGAACGCAACCACGCUCGAGAACUACCCGGACCCUUUGGUUAACCCCAAGGAGUGCAACCGUCCGGGCGUCAGGGAGUCUUACAUCUGUGACCCCGAUCGUAUCUUGAGCGAGGUUGAGGCCGACCGCAUAGACGAGGUCUUGAGUCUCCAGCGAGACAGCUCCUCGCACCAUUGCGAGGGGUUAGGAGAGGUUCCAGUCCGUUUGGGAGUUGCCAUCAUCAAUUGGUUGCCAGAGGAGGAUAUGCACACUUUGGCCAAGGAGUUGCUGGAGCGUUGGCGUUUGAGUCACGAUAAGUGUGACGACGGCGUGCUGCUCCUGUUUGUAGUGAGCCACAACACCGUUGUGAUAAGCUGGGGAAAGGGAGUUGAACCCGCCAUUAACGCCAGGGCGGUGUCGUCCAUCUCGGCGAUAUGCCGCGACAUGAUGGAGAGGGAGAAGGUCUCGAUUGCAAUCGACCGUUGCACUUCAUUCGUGACCAAGCGCUUGACGGGCGUGAUUCUACCUUCACAGGAGACGAAUCAGAUGUAA